AUGCGCGGGGCCUUUCCGGGGCUCUGCCUGGCGCUGCUGGCGGCGGAGGGAUGCGCGCGGCUCUGCACCAUCGUCCACUAUCUCCUCUCUGAGCAGUACGUCUGGUUCUGGCUGACUGUGACCUGCCUGGUGCCUGGCUACGCAGCCCAGCUCCUCAGCACCCUUUGGUUCAAGGCUGAUGGGCACCAGCCUUGCCGCUCGCUCAUCGUGCUCCACGUACUGCAGCUGGGGAUUUGGAAGCGGUACUGGGAUGUUCUGCAGCUGGCAACAAAAGCGGGAGGUAAUGGCAUUACCAGGGAGCUCCUCAUGCAGCAAGGGGAUGCAUCUGUCCUGCGGCUCCUGGAAGCCCUCCUGCAGAGCCUGCCUCACCUGUUGCUGCAGGCAUAUGUCUUCGUGGCCGUGGACUGGACAGGCCUUUUCCCCGGUGUCAGUGCUGGGCUGUCCCUCCUCUCCCUCGCCUGGGCUUUGGUCUCUUAUAGCCGCUUCGCCUGCCUGCUCAAGCCGGGCCAUCUCUACCUGCCAGCCGUGGCCCUCCUCUGCCUGCUCCUGUGGAGGACAGGGAUGCUGGGGACCAGGGUCCUGGCUCUGGUGCUCUUUGCCAGGCUAUAUUCCUUCUGGGUUUUUGCCGUGGCUGGCGUCCACUGGCUGGUCAUGUCAUUCUGGCUGGUGUCUCAGCAGACAGACAUCGUGACACCGUCCUGCCGCUGGAGGCUGUUCAACUGCCUGCUGGGAGCUGUGUAUGUCUUCUGCUACAUUAAUGUCUGUCCCGGUCCCUCCAAGCUCAGAGUGGCUGUGUUUUAUGUGAUAAUGCUGGUGGAAAACACCCUCCUGCUGCUGCUGGCCACCGAGUUCCUGCAGGUGGAGCUGUGGAAUAGCCUGCGUCUGACCGGGGCCGUCUCGUCCGGGUUUUUAAUAGGCACUGCAGCUCUAGCGGUUUAUUACAGCUUGCUCCACCCCAAGUCCACAGAGAUCUGGCAAGGUUUUCUGGAUAAAUCUUGUAGUGUUGCAGCCACCAGUGAUGAUGGAGCUGGUUCCCAAGCAGGACAGAGCUUGGGAAUUUCGAGUUGGGGAGCUGGGGAGUCCUUGGUGAUGGAAAGGACAGAGAUGGCUUCCAGGAACCAGAACGAGUUGUCACUCCUGCAAUCCGGAGGGCACAUCGCAGAGGACGACUGGACAAGCCAUCACCACUGGUUGCUGGUAAAGCUGGCCUUGAAGACAGGAGAUAUGUCCAAGAUCAACGCAACUUUUGGAGAUGGUGGCGUGGGAGAGAUUUACCCUGAAGGACUGGUGCUGGGCAAACUCUCCAGGAUUGAGCCCGGGGCAAACCUUAUCCUCCUACCAAGGGAAAUGGGUCCUUCGGGUUUUGAACGUGAUCUCACUGAUGAGAAAUUGCUGGCAGCAGGGAAUAGGAGAAGCAGCAAACAAAACCCUGGUGCUGCAGGAAUGUCACAAGAGGACCAUGAGCCCAUAACGCAAGAUGCCCUGAGCGUCAGCAAUGCUGCAAGGCUUGGAGCAUGGCAAGAGCCUGGUUUUCACCCUGCCAUAUCCUUUCCCAACAGCUUGGACCCAGCUGAGGCUUGUGAGAGCUCAUCUCUCUACUUCAGUGCGAACACUGGAGGCAUUGCCUCCCCUGGCACGGAGUCAGAAAUGGCUGUACCAAGGGCCUCACUGGAAAGAGACAGUGAACCCCAGCCUUCACCAUCCCACCUGCAUGGUAGAGGAGAAGACUUCCCCUUUGGGAUGGCAAACAUCAGCCCAAUCUUGGGUCCCAACGCCCACAACCAUCUGCAGAGCAGCUUAUCUCUCUGCAAUGGUAGCGAGCACGGGACAGUGGGUGCUUCUGAGGAGGGCUCGGAGCUGGUGGGUGCCCUUGAGGGGUGGCAUAGCCGUUGGGGUGUCCCAUCUUCUGGGAUGCAGAUUCCUGCUGGGAGGAGCAAGGUGAAGCCACCUGAAGAGCCGCGCUUCACGUCUACCCCCAAGGUUGACCCCAAGGGCCCCCAGCAAGGACCACAGGGGCUGGCCGAGAGGACGGGUCCAUCUGGGUUGCUGGAGUAACUGGGUAAAUUACUGCACCAGCUGCCAGGAUCAGAACUGGAGCAACUACCUCUCUCACUAAGGUGUAGCAAGAGGGAGCAGGACACUACCACUGCCCAUGGAGACUAUCCCAUCUCACCAGGCAGAUGCAGUCCUUCAUCGCUAGGAAAUUUCCUUUUGUCCUGCUGCACCUUCACCUUGCAGUUUUAGAGAGACUCAGAAGGUUAGAAUAAGUAUCUUAAAGUCUAUUUUUGGAUAUUUAUAGAACUUAUUUAUAUAACAAUCCUUCUAGGUAACUGUCCUUUUAUAUAUUUGUGACAAUGUCCUGAAACACAUUCUUUAACAAGUGCCUUAUAUGAGCU